GGUAAAUGUAACUUUUAAUGAAUUGCACGUGCGCUUGUCCACUGCUGUUUUAAAGAAAACGUGGGAAGUCAGCAUUUGUAGAGUCGGAGGUCCUUUCUAAAUGAAAUUACCUGGUUAUUUGAGUGGAAGCAAUCUCAAGCGUAGGUACGUGGUGUGACCGAGAGGCUGAAGAGAUGUGCUCCAGCAGGGGGAUGUGUCGGGGGGAAGACCGCGGGUCGGGCAGCUCUGGUUCUGUGAGCAGCUCCGGGUCCCAGUACGCCCUGUGCGCGCUGGGCGUGGGGCUCAUCGCCCUGGGCAUUGUGAUGAUCGUGUGGACCAUGGUUCCCCGCCCGUCCCAGGGGGACAGCAACACUACGCAGUCCGAGGAUGACGAAACGGGAAAUGACCAACAGGGGAAGACCUCGUCGGUGGCCUUCGUCCUGGUAGGGGCGGGCGUGGCCAUGCUGCUCCUGGCCGUCUGCCUGAGCGUGAGGAACAAACGGCGGCACUCUGAGCGCAUGGCGCAGGGGACGGAGAAUGUGAACCGGGCGCAGGGGGAGCCGGGUGAAACGGAAGCGGACCCUCUGCCCAGCUACGACGUCCCCAGCUAUUACGACGCGGUGGGGAGCGGCCAGUACCCUGUCCGCCAGAGCAACCUGCGCAACAGCACCUCCCAGCUGCCCUCCUACGAGGACCUGCUGGAGGCCGUGGAGAACGAGGGGGCGCAGCCGGGGGCCGGCGCAGGGCGGGACCCGGCCCAGCCUGCCGCGGCCGCGGAGGCCCCCGCCCCCGCCCCCGCCCCCGAGGCCCGGGCCAACUCGCCCGCCCGCCACAGCACCCGCUCCGGGAAACUCCUCCGCCCCCUGCGCGUGCGCAGGAUCAAAUCCGACAAGCUGCACCUCAAGGACUUCCGGCUCAACCUGCGCAACCUUGGCCCGGUCACCCUGGAGCCCCUCACCCCCCCUCCGCAGUACGACGACCAGGCGCCCGAUUUCGGGGAGAACCUCCCUCCGGCGGAGGCGUGACACCGGAGGGCUCCCGUGUGGAAGGAACACUCCGGCCUGGUGGGGGCGCUGAAGAGUCUGGCGGCUGAGACCGCGGUGCCGAGCCUCCCGCGUUCUCGGCUCAGAGCACAGUAGUGGUGAGAGGUACUCUUAGAUACUUUUUUUUUUUUUUAGGUCCUGCAUCGAGGAGUAGUCAUUGAAAUCUGUGUACAGUGACCGAGGAACGGGUGUGUGAAGAGGUGCCGCCAUCCUUUACCAACCUGCUCUCUGCACUUGUGAUGGAGUCCUACUGGUGUUGUUCACCAAUAUAAUAUAUUUAUAACCAUCACAUUGACACCAUCACAUACUGCAUAUGGUCAGGUGGUUUGGUGCAGUUUCUCUGUAAACUGCAGAACACAGGCCUGUAUGCGCAGGUUUGUAAAAACAAAAAUUGAAAUAGAGUAUUGAUUGGGUUGUGUUAAGUGUAAUUUAAAUUUUAUACAAAUGAUUUAUUACUUACCCUUUUCUACAAUAGGAAUCCUCGAUAGGGGACUUUUAUUUUUAAUGAAACAAUAAAAUGAGUUGAUUUAAGCUGUUCUGUGGUUUUAUAUCCCAAUUCUACAUUAAUUGAUUUUCUAUUCCAAUAGAGAGGUGUGUAAACGCCUUGCUAUGCAUGUAGAAGCCUGGGAGAAAAAAACAAGCAAUAUUAAAAGGAUUACUGACCAUUUCAACUGCAAUGAUACAAAAUAAAAGCUUGGGGAUGGUUCACUUUCUGCAGUUGGCUUGAUAUUAAUUAAGUUUAGAUGUGUAUGUUUUUGAUUGGAGUUGUUUUCAGAAUCCUUCCUCAUGCAUGACAACUGCCUGGGUCGAUCAAAAACAUGCUCUAAACUGAAAUGUCGAAAAACUCAAAUGAAUCAUCCCUGUGAAAAUGCUGUUAGGGGUGAUCUCGAGUCUGGUAAAGUGGUAAACUGUUUGGGUUUAUAUUGGGUUAGAUGGUAAACUGUUUGGGUUUAUAUUGGGUUAGACAUUUCUAGUCCAAGCCUAGGCUCUAUCAUUCACCAAAUGUGACUUGGUGACUGCCAUCAACAGGAGCGUGUUACCACAUUACAUUCUUCAAGAUGGGGGGUGGGGGAGAAGGUUAAAAAAAAAAAACCUACACUAUGCACACAAUCACUUGAUCAAUUCACUGGCGAUAGAAGUGAAUGGUGACAUUUCCUACAUUGAACACAGCAAAAACUGGGAUCCGAGAUCUGUGUGCGCUUUGUUUGCAGAUCCUUCUUUACCUCUGCACUUUUGACAUCCUGAACAAUAUUUUUAAAUGUUUAAUUCCACAGACUAGCAAAAUAUCUUUCAAAUGACGGCUCAUGUAUGAAUGAAUAUUUGCAGUUUCCUCUUUGUCCCCACUACAGUUUAACCGCCAUAUGUCCGUCACAGUGGGCUUCUGCUGUCGGUCAUGGGCAGUGUCUGUGGGUUAGUUUCUGUAUUCAGGGGCAACAUUCUGUGCCUGUUGUCCAUGCCUUCCCAAAUGCAGGUAAUUGAUUGAUUUUUUUGCUUCAAAAAUGGUUUGUUGAUUUAACUGACAGGACUUAAGGAGAGUCGUUUGAAAACCUGUUUAAAAAAAAAAAAAAGAAGCAAAAUGGUAAUGAGCUAAACCCUGAGUUAACAUUAAACCAGAGGUAAAAAUCAGUGACGCAUGUACACUAUUUGUAAAUUCUAUAUUACCGUAACUAGCCUGACUGUAGAAUUGGUUUGUGCGAAAGCCAGCACACACAGGGGUUUGGAGAAACUCUACCAUGGUUAAUGUCUAAAGUGAGCUUCUGUUGUCUGUGUCUGCUCUGAUUCUAUGUUGGGCUUAGCUGAAACUUUAAAGCAUAAAAUGAAUAUCUUCUAUUGAAUUUUCAACUGUUAUCUUGUCACUUUUUAGAGAGAGAUUGUUGUGGGCUCAUUUUUGUAGUAAUAUGUUUGCAUGGAUUUCCUUUGUUGCAAACUUGUUAAGGGGGAGGGGGGCAGGGUUCAAACUGUACAAUUGUGUAAAUAUUUAUUUUUUUAUAUCCGUGUCUGAAAGAUUGGCCUCACUGCUGAAUGUUAAUGGGGCUUGGCUGGUGUCAUAAAGGUGGAAUGGAGACAUGGGAAUGGAGCAAUAUCAGUGUGAAAGGGGUUGAUGUCAUGUCUGUCCUACUGUAACUCUGGAGCUGUACAUUAGUAUUUUAAAAUACAAAUCCAAUUUGCUGUAAAUUUAUUUAUUUUUGAAAAUCCUUCAGUUGUUUACUUUCUAUCAUAGUUUUUGGGUGAAUUAAAACUUCUCUAAAUUA